AUGGAUGACGCGGAACACACAUUUUUCGUAUGUGCAAAAUGGAACCCACAGCGAAUUGAAGUUGAACAAUGUGUAGGAGAAGCACUUACUCCAGAUAAUAUUUUACACCAUAUGUUACAGGAUGAAAAAAAAUGGAACAUAGUAUCGGUUAUGAUCCAAAAAAUAAUAGAGACAAAAGAAGAAGAUAGAAUUACUGUUACGUAUAAAAUAGCACAUAUACUUGGAAAAAGGGGUAAACCAUUUAGUAAUAUUGUUGAAGCAGUGAGUAUGCUAGAUCCAAGAAAUGUCGACAAAUACAAACAAUUACCUCUUUCCAGAAGAACUAUAACGGAUCGACAGCACGAAUUAACGCAAAAUGUAAUAAAGCUUUAUAAACUUCAUAAAAUUAUACAAAAUGAAGAUGUUUAUUUUUCAAUUGCUUCAGUUAAAAGCACUGAUAAAACAGAUUCGGCACAAGUUUUAUAUUUUAUUCGUGCUUUAACUAAAGAUUUUCAAUGUUACGAAGAACUACUUGCGUUGGGUACACUAACUGGAAGAACUCGCGGAGCCGAUAUUUUCGAAAACUUCAAAGAACUAUGUAAUAAAUCACAAUUGAAUGUCAGUAAUUUAGUCAGUGCCUGCACCGAUGGCGCACCUUGA